CGUACCGUUGAUGGCAGCACUUCAUAUGAAGCCCAAUGACGUUCAAAACAUGUCGACCGUGUUGACAGAAAUACAACAAAGAGACGAGCUGCUUGUAGAGACACGAUACGUACCACGUUGACUAUCAAUUAAUUUACCUCACAAUAUAGGAUACUGACAUUGGAAAAGGUGGCACAGCUGUGGGCACAACUGGAUGUCAGCACAGAGGAAAGGACAAACACGAGAUCUCCACCCAACUUAUUAUUUAAAGAACUGCCUUGUAUUCAGCCCUGUUGGACGCUUCAACUGCAGUCACCCUGAAGUGUUCUUUGGUCUAUUAAUCUGCUGGAGUGAAUCCUACCUACCAGACAAAUAUAUAAAUUUAAACAAGUGGUCUCUGUGAUCAGAGUAUGACAUUUGAGAGUUAAACUGCAUUUGAAGAAAAAAAAAAGUGAGAACUGGCAUCCAGAAGACCACAAAGCUCCGUUUGCAUACUGAAAAUAUUGCAGAAGUGUAGACACGAAAAGAAAGUUCUGGUCUAGGUCUUUCUGUCGUUCACAUUGCCUUAGCAGAAUAGUUCUUAAUUACACCAGUCCAGGUAUAAUUUUCUAUACUUUGUGUAGGUUUGCAAUAUUUAUACACAUAAAUAUUUAUUUCUCUUCUUUUAGAAGAGACCUUGUAAUAUAUAUUGUGUAGCAGCAUUGCUCUUAGUUAUAGAGCCUAAGCUGUAUGUAGAAUUUGUAAAUAUCUCGUAAGAUUCUUUAGUGACACUUUUUAUUGAGACCUUGUGGACACUGUGCAUGGUUUACUAGAUCAUAUUAGAUCUUAGGCAGGUGUUAAAAAAAAGUGGAGAAACUUAAAUGGCAACAAAGAUGGAGAACAGUGGCCUGGGUGUCAUGGGAUUGAACACACACAACAGGCAGCAUUUAGGACAGCCUAAAGCUCCCUCUCAAUUAGGACCCCAAACUGUGAGUGCUAAGCCUGGAAAGGAGCCCAUGGUGACCCAGAAACCAGCCGAUGCAUCUCAGGAAGGACCUGGUAUCAGGUUUGGUGAUGACUGGAAAAAAAGCCUACAGCUCCCUUCUAAGGAUAAUAGAGUCAAAACGUCUGAUGUGACCGCAACCAAAGGGAAUGAGUUUGAGGACUACUGUCUAAAAAGAGAGCUGCUGAUGGGCAUUUUUGAGAUGGGCUGGGAAAAGCCAUCCCCCAUUCAGGAGGAGAGUAUUCCUAUUGCCCUUUCUGGACGCGAUAUACUGGCUCGAGCCAAAAACGGGACUGGAAAGAGUGGUGCAUACCUGAUUCCCCUUCUGGAGAGAAUUGACAUAAAAAAGGAUCAUAUCCAAGCCAUUGUGAUAGUUCCCACUCGUGAACUGGCUCUGCAGGUCAGUCAGAUCAGUAUUCAGAUCAGCAAGCACCUCGGUGGUGUCAACGUCAUGGCAACCACAGGUGGGACCAACCUACGAGAUGAUAUCAUGCGCCUGGAUGAGGAGGUUCAUGUUGUUGUAGCAACACCUGGCAGAAUUUUGGACUUGAUGAAAAAGGGCAUAGCCAAAGUGGAUAAAGUUCAGAUGAUGGUUAUGGAUGAAGCUGAUAAGCUGCUCUCUCAGGACUUUGUGGUUAUUAUUGAGGACAUCAUUGGUUUCCUUUCAAAGAACAGACAGAUUCUGCUCUAUUCAGCCACAUUCCCCAUCAGCGUACAGAAGUUUAUGGCAAAGCACCUGCAGAAGCCCUAUGAGAUUAAUCUGAUGGAGGAACUGACCCUGAAAGGCAUUACUCAGUACUAUGCUUAUGUCACAGAAAGACAGAAAGUCCACUGCCUUAACACACUCUUCUCCAGGUUGCAGAUAAAUCAGUCCAUCAUCUUUUGUAACUCUACUCAGCGAGUGGAGCUUUUGGCCAAGAAGAUCACGCAGCUGGGCUACUCCUGCUUCUACAUUCAUGCAAAGAUGAUGCAGGAAUACAGAAACCGUGUUUUCCACGACUUCAGAAACGGGCUCUGCAGGAACCUUGUUUGCACAGAUUUAUUCACUAGAGGUAUCGAUAUCCAGGCGGUAAAUGUGGUCAUCAACUUUGACUUUCCCAAGAAUGCAGAAACAUACCUGCAUCGCAUCGGACGCUCAGGCAGGUUUGGACAUCUGGGUUUGGCCAUCAAUCUCAUUAGCGCUGAGGAUCGCUUUAACCUGAAGACCAUUGAGGACCAGCUGAUGACGGACAUAAAGCCCAUUCCUGGCAGCAUUGAUAAGAGCCUGUAUGUGGCAGAGUUUCACUCCGUGGACCCUGACUGUGAGGCAGAGGAGCCUCAGCAGGGCGAAGGGUCUGAAGCACAUUAGGAAUAGGAAGCACCAUUACAGAGCAGGGAAGCUGGAGAAACUGAACCAGACUGUUGCAUCUGCUUUUGCACAAAACCAGUAACUUUUCUGCUCAGAACUUUCCUCAUCUUUUCCACCUCCACAGUAUUUUUUUGUUUUUAGUCGCUGUCAGUGUUUUGCUCUCUUUUUUGCAUUCAUUGUUCAUUUUUGGGGUAGUUAUACCCUCUUCAUAAAUGACCAUACACAUUCCAGUUGAGACAUGCAAGAAUAAAAACAAAACAUUCAGAGAAAAGUUCCUGUUUGAUAGAAAACAAUAAACAAAGGCAGUGGUGAAAAUGGGACAUAG